AUGGAUCUUGUGUCCGGGGCGGUGGGCAGCGUCAUCGGCAAGCUCGGCGAGCUGCUCCAGGCGGAGUACAAGCUGCAGAAGGGCCUGCCUCAGCAAAUCCAGUCUCUGAAAGAUGAGCUCGAGAGUGCGCAGACGGCUCUCAGCAAGGUGGGCGAGGUGCGGCCGGAGCAGCUCGAUCCACAAGUCCGGCUCUGGGCUCGCGAGGUCAGGGAGGCGUCCUACGACAUGGAGGACAUCCUCGACACCUUCCUCGUCGAGGUGACUGACCCAGCGGAGAAGAAGGAUGGCCUGCUGGAACAUCUCAACAAGAAGAUGUCCAAGUUGCUCAAAAAAAGCAAAGCGCGCCACACCAUCGCCGGCGCCAUCGAUGACAUGAAGAAGCGACUCCAGGAGGUGGCUGACCGCCGUGACAGGUUCUCGGUUGCGGUGUCGCAACCUGCGUUGCCAACGAAGCCGGAUCCUCGCCUUGCGGACAUGCACAAAGAAGCGGCGCAGCUCAUCGGCAUCGAGGAGACCAAGGCUGAACUUACAGCCAUGCUUCUGCCGACGCCUCAAGGCAAUGGAGAUUCUGACAUCUCUGGCAGCAAUAACAAGAUGAAUAGUAUCUGUGGUUGGAGUUGGGGGACUGGGCAAGACGACUCUUGCCAAGGCAGUUUACGAUGA